GCCUUUCCUCCCCGCCCUGUCCUCUCGGUGCCAACCUGAAACCCUCAAAUAACAAGGAGCGAAGAAGCGGCGGCGGGAACUCACGAAGAAACAGAAGCGAAGAAGUGGCCUCGGGAGCUCCUGUAUAACUUAAACCCUCUAAGACGAAAAAGAAGCGAGGAAUUCUGGACGGGAGCUGUAUCAAUAUAGUUCUUCUUCCGCGGGUUGUCCUCCCACCGAGAUCGUAAUCAACUACAGAGUUGCACUCUUAUUGUAAGAUUGUGGGAGAUGGAAACGGUAGUCAGUGGUGGAGAAAUAAUUUCCAAUAACAGUGUGAUGUGCUUGUUGACUAAUCUCGAGGGAGAACCUCUCGGUGCACCCCUCUAUCUUCCGCAGAACGCCGGACCACUCCAGCUGCAGCAACUUGUCAACAAGCUCCACCAAAAUGAGGAGAAGUUGCCAUAUGCAUUUUACAUAUCAGAUCAGGAGCUUGUUAUGCAGCUUGGAGAAUAUCUGCAAAAGAAUAAAGUGUCGGUGGAGAAGGUUUUACGCAUAGUGUACCAGGCUCAAGCAAUUUUCCGAAUUCGUCCAGUUAAUCGAUGUUCAGCUACAAUUGCAGGCCACACAGAAGCUGUACUUUCUGUUGCUUUUAGCCCUGAUAGCAGAAACCUUGCUAGUGGAUCUGGUGAUACUACUGUAAGAUUGUGGGACCUUAACACUCAGACACCAUUAUUCACUUGCUCAGGACAUAAAAAUUGGGUGCUAUGCAUAGCAUGGUCGCCAGAUGGAAAACAUCUGGUGAGCGGCAGCAAGUCUGGAGAGCUUCUGCUAUGGGAUCCUCAAACUGGGAAACAAUCUGGCAAUCCGCUUAUAGGUCACAAAAAGUGGAUUACAGCUAUUUCUUGGGAACCUGUACACUUGCAAGCUCCUUGCCGUCGUUUUGUUAGUUCCAGCAAGGAUGGGGAUGCCCGAAUUUGGGAUGUUUCAUUGAGGAGGUGUACUAUUUCUCUUACAGGUCACACUCUUGCAGUGACAUGUGUUAAGUGGGGCGGUGAUGGAGUGAUAUACACAAGUUCUCAGGAUUGUACAAUAAAGGUAUGGGAGACUUCGCAAGGAAAGUUGAUCCGUGAGUUGAAGGGACAUGGGCAUUGGGUCAACUCACUUGCUUUGAGCACGGAGUACACCCUGCGAACCGGGGCAUUUGAUCAUACUGGUACAACAUAUUCAUCUGCAGAGGAGAUGAAGGAGGCAGCCCUUAAAAAAUACACCAAAAUGAAGAACAAUGCUCCUGAAAGACUAGUUUCAGGUUCUGAUGAUUUCACUAUGAUUCUGUGGGAACCUGCUAGCAGUAAACAGCCAAAGGCUCGCUUAACUGGUCACCAACAGCUUGUAAACCAUGUAUACUUCUCUCCUGACGGACAAUGGUUGGCCAGUGCUUCAUUUGACAAAUCUGUCAAGUUGUGGAAUGGCGUCACUGGGAAAUUUAUUGCAUCCUUCAGAGGACAUGUUGGACCAGUAUAUCAGAUCAGCUGGUCAGCCGAUAGUAGGCUACUUCUAAGCGGAAGUAAAGACUCUACUCUUAAGGUUUGGGAUAUCCGAGCACAAAAGUUGAAGCAAGAUCUUCCAGGUCACGCAGAUGAGGUUUUUGCUGUGGACUGGAGUCCAGAUGGUGAAAAGGUUGCAUCUGGUGGCAAGGACAGGCUAUUAAAAUUGUGGAUGGGUUAGAAAGGAGCCAAUUACAUAUUUCCUUCUCCAUGAAGAGAUGUUGAAGGGCACUGUAGUGAUGUAUCACAAUUCAGUCACUCCCAUAAUUUUCUGAUACUCAAAAUGCCUGCUGGAACUAUCGUACUGUUGGUUUUAUCUAUGAGCGCUGCAUAAUUAUUAAUCAAUUUUGUAGGAGUUAGAGAUUUGGGUUUAAUAGCUUAUUGAUUGUAGACAAUAUUUAUUUUACAUGCAUGAAAUAAAAUUUAAGUUAUUUGUGCAA